AUGCGCAUCCGCUUCACCUUUGCAGGCGUGUUCCUGCUUUUGCUCCUCCUGGCAGCAUAUGCCGGGCUCACAAAGCUGCAGCUCAGCCACCUCAUCAACGACAAGCUACUACACUUCCUCACAUUCUUCCUCCUCACCGUCGUCUUCUACUGGGUCGUCGACACGAACCGCCGCCGGACGAUAAACAUGACAUUCGCCGUAUGUACGCUGAUCCUCGGCGUGGGCUCCGAGUUCCUGCAGAGCGUCCUGCCCAACGAUCGCGACUUUGACGCCUACGACAUCGCCGCCAACCUUGCUGGCAGCCUGCUCGGGCUCGGGCUGUGCUCGUGGUACCACCGGCGGAUGCUGGAGCGCCGACGCCAGAAGAAGACGUACACCGCGGUCCCGGGCGAGGAUGAUGGGGACCUGGAGCUUGGCGAGGGUCACGAGACGGGCAUCGUGGAGGAUGGCGGCGCCCCGCCGCAGACGCUGGAGGAGGAGCUGGACAACUGGGACGAGAAUGCGCCGGACGACUGGGAGGACGAGGGCAAUGCGGAGGGAGCGGAUAUUGCGGCGCCGGAGAACGCUGACAAGGCCAAGUGA